GUGGACGCGGGGCACGCGGGCGCGGGGCGGUGCUCCCUGCCGCCAGACGGUCGCGCCACCGCCGCGCAGGCUGGCGGGGCGCGGCCGGGGACCGGGCCCCGGCGGGCGCCUGGGGCCCUGCCCUCGGCCCUGUGCGUCUGGCCGGGCGUCGGCGAGGGAGACUGGCUCUCGCUCGACGGCCGCACGGCGCUGCGCCGGCAGGCGCACGUGGACUUCGCGACGCACGUGCCAGCGAGGGUGCUGAUGCAGGACCUGGGCUUCCUCCAGAAGCUGGGCUCGCCCAAGAGCGACGCCCUCCCCCUGGGCGCGCCGCCGCAGCCGCAGCAGCAGCAGCGGCCAGCGCACGCGCCCAGCGCCGGCUCGCCGCAGGCCGCCGCGGAGCGCCC